GUACUUAACCGUACAAGUAUGACAGAGAAUGCAGGGGCUGUCCGAAGCGCACGGGCCAUAGGCCUCAGUAAUUGGCCGGGCUCGGGUCUGCUGGUGGAGCGCUCCUCCAGGCUAGCAGACCUCAGGUUAGCUCUUGCUGAAAUAAUUUUUUUGCCCAACUAGACCACCCUUGUUGCCUUCGAGUUCCUCGCCUCUUUCAGCCAUCAAAACUUCCAUCCACCCAAACAACCACCCGUCUCAAUUCCUUCAUCUACUCAACCAACUCUUUGUGUGACCGAUCUAUCUUCGCACAGCCUCUCAUUUCGCGACCAACAGCUCGCUUUAAUACACCUCGACCUUCCAUCCAAGUUGCGAUCGCGGUAGCUUUUUUGCUCAACCUCGAUAAUCUUGCGACAUCUGCGCUGAGCGCUCUGUACAACUUCACCCCAUUCUUCCCCCCACAACCUUCGACAAGUUCAUCAUGUCUUACGGCGGUGGCUACGGUGGCGGUCGCGGAGGCGGCGGCGGCGGCGGCUACGGCGGUGGCGGCGGCGGCGGUUACGAUAAGUAUGGGUCUGGCGGCGGCGGUGGUGGUGGCCGUGAUUUCGGCAACGGUGGUGGCUACGGUGGCAGCAAUGGCUACUCCAACGGUCACGGCGGCGGCGGCGGUGGUGACCGUAUGUCUAACCUCGGUGCAGGUCUGCAAAAGCAAAACUGGGAUCUCAGCGCAAUGCCUAAGUUCGAGAAGUCAUUCUACAAAGAGGACGAUGCAGUCGCUGCCCGAUCCUCUCAAGAAGUUGACCGAUUCCGAAGAGACCACCAGAUGACCGUCCACGGUAGUGAUAUUCCCAAGCCCGUCGAGACCUUUGACGAAGCUGGUUUCCCUCGAUAUGUCAUGGACGAGGUCAAGGCACAAGGCUUCCCCGCUCCCACAGCUAUUCAGUCCCAGGGCUGGCCCAUGGCUCUUACUGGUCGUGAUGUCGUCGGCAUUGCCGAGACCGGUUCAGGAAAGACACUCACCUACUGUUUGCCCGCUAUCGUUCACAUCAACGCCCAGCCGCUUUUGGCGCCUGGCGAUGGCCCUAUCGUCCUUGUCCUGGCUCCCACUCGUGAGUUGGCCGUCCAGAUUCAACAGGAGAUUACCAAGUUUGGUCGAUCAUCUCGCAUUCGAAACACAUGUGUCUAUGGUGGUGUUCCCCGUGGUCCCCAGAUUCGCGACCUGUCUAAGGGUGUCGAGGUCUGCAUUGCGACCCCUGGUCGUUUGAUUGAUAUGGUUGAGAGUGGCAAGACCAACCUUCGUCGUGUAACCUACCUUGUUCUCGACGAGGCUGAUCGUAUGCUUGAUAUGGGUUUCGAGCCCCAGAUCCGCAAGAUCAUCAGCCAGAUCCGCCCCGACAGACAAACCCUCAUGUGGUCUGCCACAUGGCCCAAGGAGGUCAGAGCCAUGGCUUCUGACUUCCUGAAUGACUUCAUUCAAGUCAACAUUGGUUCCCUGGAUCUCUCUGCCAAUCACCGUAUCACUCAAAUCGUCGAGGUUGUCAGCGAGUCCGAGAAGCGUGACAAGAUGAUCAAGCACCUCGAGAAGAUCAUGGAUGACAAGGCUAACAAGUGUCUCAUCUUUGUUGGCACCAAGCGUGUCGCUGAUGAGAUUACUCGAUUCCUCCGUCAAGACGGCUGGCCGGCACUCUCUAUCCACGGUGACAAGCAGCAAAACGAGCGUGACUGGGUCCUUGACCAGUUCAAGAACGGCAAGAGCCCCAUCAUGGUUGCCACUGACGUGGCUUCGCGUGGUAUCGAUGUCCGUAACAUCACUCACGUUUUCAACUACGACUACCCGAACAACUCGGAGGAUUAUAUCCAUCGUAUUGGUCGAACUGGUCGUGCCGGCCAAACUGGCACGGCCAUCACCCUUUUCACUACUGAUAGUAAGCCGAUCAUGUGCUAUUUCCUCAUUUGGCCCUAUAUUAACAACAUUCUCCAGACUCCAAGCAGGCUCGUGAUCUCGUUAAUGUCUUGCAAGAAGCCAAGCAGCAGAUUGAUCCUAGACUUCAAGAGAUGGUCAGAUACGGUGGAGGUGGCGGCGGUCGAUACGGCGGUUGGGGCCGUGGCCGUGGUGGUGGUGGUGGUCACAGAGGUGAGUCCUUGUGUCCCUACGCGACAAUGUGAGCUUUUCGACUGACAUGCACAUAGGUGGCCGUGGUGGCGGCGGUGGUCGCCAGUCUGGUGCCAACGAUCAACCCCUUGGCGGCAACAGCCGAUGGUAAACUGAUGUGAUAUCUGCUUGAACUCACAGCAGCGAAGCUCACUGUAUUCUGCCUCAAAUUUUCGGGGAGCAUGAUAGUUCACGGUUGUUUUCUUCUACAUGCACAUAUGCAACAAAAGUCGGCGUUGGGGUUAGAGGGAUUUUGAUUUGACAUUAGAUUUGGCCUCGAGGGUCUGUUUGAGAGCCCAUAUCAUGCCAUUAAUCCGAAGCGAUCCUUGGUACCUUUUGUAGGUUACUAGGCUCAGUGUAGCAGAUAGCCCUUCAGAUGGUUCAGGAAUUUGAUCUCUGAGGGGGGAGGUGGAAAGGUAGUUAGCUAAUAAGCUUGACGAAGAGGUCUGUGUCUGGUGCCGAAUAGGUAGCAGAAUAAAUUGUAUUCUGUUUCGAA